AUGUCGGGAGAGGGGGAGCAGUCGCAGCCCAAAGCUGCACCCAAAGCGCCCACCAUUACCUCCGCUUUCAUCAACAAGGGUGCAAAGACAUUCGCACCGAAGAAGGCUGUUCGACGUCGACCUGCCGCAGCUGCGGCGCCUAAGCCGGCCGUACCUUCCUCCUCGCCUUCAGUUCCUGCCGUUGAGGGGACUUUGCAAACUCAAAUCCAAACACCAGCAGACUCUACACCCGCCGUUGAACAGUCCCAGGCUCAGUUAGAUCACACGCUCACUGUUGAACAAUCCGCGACCGCACAGCUUCCUACACCCGCUGCGACACAAGAUCCGACCCGGCAAGAUGUGCCCCAGACCGAACAAGUGCCUGCGCCGUCGACUGAGGUCGUUGACACCAGCGCUCCUGGUGCGGCCACCGAGUCUUCUACAACCCCCGCUUCCACCGUCAAGAAUACCACUUUUCAGCCCAAGGAAAGCGUCAAUAUUUCUGCGCAACCUGCGGCGCGGACUGCCACCUCGCCCGUAGCCACUGCAGAGAUUGAGUCUGAACGGUCACCGCAGCGACGAACAUCAAAAGCACCGGAGGAAGAACAAACACGACUGGCGGAACCAGAGGCUGCCUUUUUUGAGCCUGAAGCCACUACACAGGAACAGCCAGCUCAUGAGGCAUCUGCAGAAGAUGUGCAACCGGCGCGAACCACUGAUGCCGUCGCAGAACAUUCUUCCGAGGUUAUUGCCGAGCCCGCUGCAAAUGUUGUUCAGCCAGCCGAAGCCGCCAGCCAACCGACGGAAAAUUCUGAUGGUCCUGCUAUCAAUUCAGAAACUCCCGCUGAUACCGUUACCCCUACUCAGCCACAGAAUGCAUAUUCGGAGAACAUAACCACUACGCAAACCACCGCGGAGCCCAUAGAGGAGCGGACAUGGAUCGCGGUCAAUGCUGCGGUCGGCAAUGAGGAAAGGCCAAUGACAACCCCGAAGCCUCGCAAACCUACAGGCAGACGUAGGAAGAAGGCAGUAACGCUCCGAAAUAUAGACGAGGAAGAAGAGGAGGAGGCGAGAAGGCGAGAAGCUGGGGAGGUGGAAGAUGAUUAUGUCCCGCCACGAUCCAGACGACCGAACGCAAAGGCGAAAGGCAAAAGAAAAGCAGCAGAUGCGCCUACAGGUGAAGAAGAUGGCAUCGUACAACCACCUCCCAAGAAGAAACGGCAACCUAGAAAAGCUAAAGCGAAGGAUCCUAUUCCCACUGGGUCUGGACAAGACGUUGCGCCUGUGGUGGAGAACGAGAAUAGGGAGGCUAUUGAGAAUGUGCAAAGCGUGGAAAAUGGGGAUCCAGCGGAAAACGGCGAGGGCAGCAGAUCCACUCGCCCGACGCCAUCGAGGAAACGCAAGCGUCAAAGUACCUCGCAACUCAACGGCGAAGGUGAACAGCAGCCGAGACGAAAAGGGCGCCCACCGAGAGCACCAACUCCUUCAGAUGCUGAAGAUGAGGUCAUCGACGAGGACAACUUUUUCAUGGACGAUCUUGCGCGCCGAAACAUUCGUAUUGGAAAAUUGUCGCAACGCGAAAAGAAGAUGCGCGAGAUCAACUGGGAGGAAGUCAAACAACGCCAGAAGGAAAAAGAAGCCGAACAAAUGAACAGUCGAGCCGUGCACGCAGAGAUGGAGCGCCAGGCGCAGGAGAAAGAAAACGCAGUCCGCACGGCACAGGAACAAGUCAGGUAUGAGAAUGUAGGCGGCGAGAUGCGCAUCGUUCAAGGCUCGGGCCAGGUGAACUACGAAGAGAUUGCUGAAAGUCGAUAUGCUGAGGAAGUUGUCGAAGAAGACGACUUCACGAACCGCAUCACGUCGCGAAGUUUCAUGCGGAACAACAAGCGAUUUCCCGAAGAAUUCCUGCUACCAGGCCAGGGCAAGCGGUGGGACAUCAGAAGUACGCAGGACUUCUACGAGGCGCUCAGGAUGUUUGGCACAGACUUCGGCAUGAUGACGACGCUCUUCGAGGGCGUGUCGCGCCGAUCACUUAAGCUCAAGUUCAACCGCGAAGAACGCAAGCAACCCAAGGUCAUCAAGGACAUUCUACAGCAAAAAGACACCCGCCUCGGUAACUGGGAUGAGUUCCUGAAAGCUUCGGGGAAAGAAAGUGAGCAAUAUGAUCGCGUCGAGCAGAUCAAGAUGGAUUUGGAGGCGGCGGAAGAGGACGCGAGGAGGCAGAUUGAGGAGGCGAAGGCGGAAUUUGAGGAGGAAAGGAGGCAGAAGAGGUUGGCUGGAUUCAUGAGCGACGAGGAAGGCGGCGAGGACGAAGCGGGUAAGAAGAAAAAAGGGAAGAAGGGCAAGGAGAAACAGGUCACGUUCCAGCAGGACGAGGAGGGCGUUGAGGUGCUGGAGGUGGAUGAGAAUGACGGGUGGGGUGAGGGUUAG